AUGGACGGCGUGAGCUUCAUGUUCAUCGGCCAGCAGAAGGGCCGCAACACCAAGGAGAACGUGCGCCGCAACUUCGGCAUGCCCCAGCCCAACGGCUACCGCAAGGCGCUGCGUUUCAUGCGCCACGCCGACAAGUUUGGGCUGCCCAUCGUCACCUUUGUGGACACGCCGGGGGCCUACGCCGGCAGGGCGGCAGAGGAGCUGGGCCAGGGCGAGGCCAUCGCCUACAACCUGCGGGAGAUGUUCGGCCUGCGCGUGCCGAUCAUCAGCGUCGUCAUCGGCGAGGGCGGCAGCGGCGGCGCGCUGGCCAUCGGCUGCGCCAACCGCAACCUGAUCCUUGAGAACUCGGUGUACUACGUGGCGUCCCCCGAGGCGUGCGCCGCCAUCCUGUGGAAGAGCCGCAACGCCACCGGGACGGUGCGCCGCGGCCGCCGCCGCUCCGCGCUCGCGUUCGCUAGGGGGCCUCGAGCGUGGGCACGAGAGCGGGGCGCGAAGGGAGGCCGGCCCGCGUCGUUCGCGUAG